GGGGGAGGGGCGUCGUGGCGCUGAAGGCCUGCGAGAGAGGGAGAGACACCUGUACGUUCUGGUUACGCGCACGAGCUCGGAGGAGCUUCAAUUAUGGACUCUUCUUCUUCAGAUGAAGCGGAUUAAUAGAGGAUCAAAGAGUUUGUGGAUUUUGAUGAGCAUUUCUGGGGGAAUCUUCAGAGAGACAGUGCAGAUAUGGAGCAGAGGAGCAGAGUGAGAGCGGCGCUGCUCUGCUGCUGUCUUCUUCUCCCCGCAGAACUUCUAGCCAUCCAGGUGACGGUUCCCCACACAGAGAGAAGCACAACUCUGUUUGCCUCCAUCAUCCUGCGGUGUGAUUACUCUACUUCAGCCAAUCAGCAGGACGUUCUGGUUACUUGGCGCUACAAGUCCUUCUGCCUGGAUCCAGUGAUUCAGUAUUACUCCACAGCAUAUCAGGCAGCUCUGACUCUCGGGCAGGACCCAGCAAACGACUGUCCAGACCGCCAGCGCACUGUCCGCACUGUCAUUCAGAAGAGGGGCAGUAAUGAACCCACACUGGGGAUAGAAUAUCGUGAACGCAAGAUCACCAUCCAAAACAAAGCUGAUCUGGUCAUCACUGAGGUCAUGUGGUGGGACAAUGGCAUGUAUUUCUGCUCCAUUGAUGCAGCUGGCGACACCAUAGGGGACUCUGAUAAGGAAAUCAGACUCAUCGUGUACCAUUGGCUGACAGUGCUGUUCAUCAUUAUCGGGGCUCUUCUGCUGAUCAUACUGCUCGGCGUCUGCUGCUGUCAGUGCUGCCCUCAGAAGUGCUGCUGUUACGUACGCUGCCCCUGCUGUCCCAAGACAUGCUGCUGCCCAGAGAAAGUGGUGAUGCAACACAGGAUGAUUCGUGAUGCUCAGAAAGCAAUGGCACCUUGGCUGCAUGGCCAGCCAAUCUAUUCUCCUAUUGGAUCAAAUGGAUCUUCUCAGGCAAACCCUCUACUGUACUCAGGUUCUUUCUCUGAGUACCCUUCUAAACACAAUAUCCCAAUGGGGCCAAUGCUUGUACCUCCACACCAUCCUGCACCACCGAUGGUACUUCCAUAUGGAGUCCAGGCCAAUGGCAGCGUGCAUGGCAGUGGUAAGGGCAGCAUGCAUGGCAACAACCACAUGUUGGAUUUCCUGGAGAAUCAGGUGAGAGCAGUGGAUGUUGGCGCUCCACUGGUCCAGCAUCCUGCUCAGUACAUGGCAGCCCCUUUUCAGGCACUGCCUCCUCAGCAAAUAGCCCUUCCACCUCAGCCUAUGCAGCCCCUGACUCAAGCCAUACCCCACAACCCCGGGCCCCCCAGCAUGCUCUCUGCCCUGGAUGAAAUGGGAGUGCACGGUGUGGAGCGUAGGGUCAUCCAAUUACCCCCAAUUGUGGGUCGAGCCCCAGGCCAGACCUCUCGCAGGGCACAGAGAGAUAACCGCCCGGUACUGCGCUUCCACAGUCAGUCCAGCGGAAGCUCCAGCCGCUCAGCACAUUACCGUGAUUCCUCACGACGGGACACUGGGUCACCGCGCCACGGGAUCCUGCGCAGUUACAGCGAUGAGUCAGACUGGGAUGACAGGCGAGGAGGCCGAGGCUCCAGAGAACGCAGGGGAGGGUCGGGUGGGGAUCUCUCACGCCCAAGAGUACGCAGCAAAGCUGAGCUGAUCGAGGAGCUUCAGCGGGCCAACCCUCGGCGUGGCUCCUGGAGCUCAGAGGAGGACAGUUACAGAGGAGCUGCAAAAUCCAGAGACAGAGCCUGGCCAGAGAAUCCACCCAGUUACUCCUCCAUCGACAUCCACCCCGGCCACAGCAGGAGGACCAAUGAACGCAGCUCGGAUAAGAGCUCUCGUAGUGGCGUCAGUGUUGUGAUCUGAAGAAUCGAGCUGCCUUGUCCUGCAUUUUCACCCCAUCGCAUCAGUGGAUGCUUAAAUACGUUUGACUCAGUUUCAGUAGCAGAGAAUGAUGAUUUAUGUAGAACUUGCUAAAUUGUUUAGUAGUCGGCUGCCUAGUGCUCUCCCAGUGAGAAGAAAAGAUUGAUUAAUCAUUUUAAAAAUGUUUUUCAUUUGUUUCAGUUCCUUUUAAAUAAAUGAUUUUUGUGACCUUUUUUUAUAAUUGUAUAAACAUGUUUUAAUUUUUUAUAGUUUGUGUGUUUGCUGUUAAACAGUGCUAUGUUUUAUACUAAAAAUAAUUAAGCUACAGUGGUAUGGAAUAUUUGGGUGCCCCUGGUCAUAAUUUCUGUAUCUUGAGUGAGUAGCUAAACAAGAUUUCUGAAAGUAAAUCAAUAUAAUGAUUAUGCCUUUCUAUAAUAUUGUAGCAUCACUGAGUUUGAAGUAAAAAGACCAAACAUAUUCCUAUUUGGCAGACAGAAAUAAUUGCAACCAGUAGUGGUUCUUACUUCUAAUUGCAGCCACUGAUUGACCCUUAUUCUCCAUCCACACUAACACCAAGAGGGUGAGUAACUCUCCACCAGUGCAACCACCACAACCAAAAGAAUAAAUACAAAUAAACACAAAAAAUAAUAAUAACACCAACAAAAAAGGGCUGUCCAAAAGCAGACGUAUCGGCAGCCUGUAUGAUACUUCUACUUAGUAUUUUCCAGUGACUGACAGGACUUGUUUAGAUGUUCCUUGGAAAACAUCUGAUGCUGAGUAUCUUAGAAUACAAUUACUGAUAAAAGAUCACCUCUCUCCCGCUGUCUAUUAGAAUUCAAUAAACUGUUACUGAUCGUGGAUCAGCGUUCUUACUGUGAGAAGUUUGAUAAAUAUGGACAUUGGUGGAGAACAAGCCAUAAUUAGCAUUAAACUGUAAAAGCGAAUCUUCUUAACGUGUAAGAUCUUUAUAAAGUUAUAGAGAGCUUAAUAGAUAAAGCAACUUUCCUUUCAAAUUAACAGAAAUUUUCACCAGGUUGGUCCAAAUAUGUGUGCAACUGAAUAGUUAAGCUUUAGCUUGUGAUUUCUGUGUUUACAUUGAUCUAGUUUGUGUGGUGAUGGGUUAUUUGUCACAUUUGUGGUGCUUUUUUUUCUUGUGUACAGUAUGAAAAUUAUGUAUAACUACCUGCAUGCAUUUGCUUAACUGACUGUUUAUACUUUAUGCACCUGCAGAAGAAGUAUGGUUUUAUUCUUUUUGUUAAUUUUUUAUAGUGCUUGUACAGUGGUGCCCAGUUUAACCUCCCUCUUUUCUAUUGUUCUACAGCAUUAUGCUCAUUGUCUGGUUAUAUUUAUCAUCAUCUCUCUGUCUGUGGCAGUGAGACAUUUUUUGCAUACAGAGUUGUAUGCAAACAUUUGGGUGCCCCUGUCAAGUUAUAUAUUUUAUUAUUUUUUACCAAGUGUGAUUAGGUACAAAUUAACACAAAGUUAUAUCGUGCCUUAAAAGUGGCAUGUAAAUUACAUAUUUACAGUCUUUGUUCACUUAUUUAUAUAUAUAUAUAUAAUCGUCUUAUAUCGACUGAAGGUGCCCAUUUUUUCAUACAGCUAAAUAUUCCAUAUAAUGUUUUCUCGUAAGCAAAAAAGGGAGACCACUGUUUAUAUGUGUAUGUUAAGUAAGGCAGCUUUUGUCCAAACUAAUGGGUAAACUUAAGGGUGUAAUAAAGUGUAUUUGGAUUUGUGUAUGAAUGCAUAUAUUUGUCAGCAUGUGUGGCCAAACCCAGAAUUUGUCAGUACAUGUGUCCAUUUCUCAUAUGAACAGGGGACACAAACUGAGUAAUAUCCCUCACCUAAGUCUUUACCUCAGUGGUUUCUGACUCUGAAGUUAGGUUUCAUCUGGUUACAGAUGACUUGUGACUGAAGGUCAGACUGUAAUACACACUGAACUUCAGCUAACUUUGCACAUAUUUAGCUUUUUACAGCAGUUUGACUUUGGCUACAAAUGGGUUUUUUACAUGUUUGCCUUUUGUCUAAUUUUUUUGUGAAAGAUAAUAAUAUAUGUAACUAAUAGAUAAUAAAUAUGUUUUGGAAUGAC